UUCUCCCCCAGAUCUCAGCUGACCAGCCCACGGCGUUCUAAUAAAUAGAUCCACGCAGUCCGUCUUUGGACUGUAUUCUUCUUUACUUGUCCUUGUACCUUGAACAAUUCUUCUCAUUUAUCGCUUCCAAAUUUCAAUAUGCGCUUCACUCCUAUUCUGAUGUUCGCGGCGUUCGCAGCUGCUUCGCCCCUGACAGCCCGAGACAGCCCAUGCGACCAAAAAUCCUUUCAAUGCUGCUCGCAAGUAGUAAACCCAUCCUCACCUGCAGCCAGCGCUUUAAUUGGAUUGCUUGGAAUCUCUGCCCCGACUUCCGGGGAGGUCGGGUUGACCUGUUCUCCACUCAGUGGCACGGGUGACUCGUGCGACCAAAAGCCUGUGUGCUGCGAUGAUAACAGUUACAAUGGAAUCAUUGCUUUGGGCUGUACCUCUGCGAGUGCAUAAGGGGUUGAAGGAUGUGAAGAGAACAUGUAUGGACAGCACCUCAUAAUUAGAGCGGGCUAUCACCAUUAUAAUCAUUAAAUAAAGCUCCCUGUCCAUGUGUGCUGUAGUCAAAUAAGAAACCAGACCAGAGCCAGGAUAACGAUGUGCAAAUUAAAGUACG